ACAAGUUCAGGAAAGCAGGCGUUGUUGGGUUCCUUCGAUUGACCCAGCAGCAACCGAGCAAAAAAGAGAAAUUAGAAGGGAAAAUGUCCAGAUCCGGUGUUUUUUUUGGUAAAAAUCCAGAUCUGGUGUUGAUUGAGGGAUAGAGAGAGAAAGAAAAUGAAAGGAAGAAAUUGUAGGGCUCAUUGGGGGCGUUUCACUAGAUCUUUGAGGGGAUGGGUCUUGGUGGAUGCAUUGUUCUGCGGUGGCGCCGGUGAUUACCUCCCCAUGGAGACAGAGGAGGUGAGUUUGGGAGUUAACGGAUCAUAACGGAAAGUGAGUGUGUGCAAGGAAGUAUGUAACGGAGGAGUGUGUUUGUAGC